AUGCUCCUGCACAAGUCUUCUACAAGACCAGCGGUAUCACUGUAUCCAGUUGUUGGGGCCUUGUAUCGACCAUACGUGGGACCGCUGCCUACAUCUCCCUUCUACUGGAUGAAUCCGAGAAAGGUCCAUAUCCCUGUCCCAAUAGCGGAGGCACAGGCCCCCAAUUACAUCUGGAAUGGAGGCAGCCACUUCCACUCCUGCUUCGAGCUCGGGCUCGUCCCGGCGCAAAGCAUCGACGGCUUGUCUGAGCUGCAAGAUCCGAAAAUCAAAGGUGGUAUCUCCCCUCCCAACACGCCCCAUCAAGGUCGAUCAGGACUCAAAUGCAUAUACGACGCCACUCUCGACAGGCGACGGAAAAUCCAUUGGGAACGAGCCGAGACCGAGUCUACCCUUCAAAAGCAGCUGCUGCAGCGCCUCCUCCGUCUGAUUCACUCCGGAGAUGACGACAUUCGAAAGAGACUGAAAGAUGACAUUCCGAUUCGGAUGCUCGUGCAAAGGCUCGGCAUGGACACACCCGAACACGCUGCCACAUCGUCGAGCGCUGAUACUCCAGGGUCCUGGGCUUCAGCUCACGCCGAGAAGACAAGCCGCCAUGAGUUCGCAGAGGAUGUGAGUCAAAAGGAAGAGUUGAUUCGGCGGCAAGGAAUUUUCCCCGAAGGAGUCCACGACUUUGCGACAAGAGCAGGCCCCUCUACCGCAUGGGCCGAUCCGAGAUCAGAGGAAAGUGACCCCCGGGACAAAUUUCGAAUCUUUUGUUCAAGGACCCACGAUACUCCCAGUGUCGAGUUCGUCAGCAUAUUCGGUGACUCCUCAUUCUUGUCACCCGAGAUCAGGGCAAGUCAGGUUUUGACCUUGCAACAACAACAGCAGACACUCAAUCUUGACAUUCCAGAAUACCUCAUCCAACCAAUGCUGUUCGAGGGAGAGCGGUGUCCGAUAGCUGCUGUAUAUACUGAUUUCCGCGACUAUGGGCGUAGACAACUGGCGUCGGGAUUUCCCGUCGAAUUUGUUCUGGGGCCUCCCCAGGUGGACCUCACUCUCUAUUUCCGCAAUCGCAGGGCCGAAGACCCUCAUACCCCGGUGACCUGGGCCUGUGAGUACAUGCGCCUCCUGAAGAACUUCGACACGUAUGUAGCUCUGGCAUGGAUCUUCACCUAUACACAUUUCAUGCGCUGGACGAUUGCGCCUUCGGCGGCGACAUACGCACUGCUCCCAGAGGCAAUGAGACCGACACCUCUCCAGAGACUAGUCCGUCAUCACCCCGGAGUGGAUCUGCCUAUAUUCCCUGAAAUGCGUGACGGUCUGGUCCAGGAUAUGCGCGACUAUAUCGUCGCCAUCCAGACACUCGGCUGUAGCGUCAAUUGGGAAUAUGGAUUGGCAGGAGCGAUCGAUACGGACCCUGAGACGGGCAACAUGACCUUGUCAGACCGCUUCGCGACGCAUAUAUGUGACUUGUCGCACUGGUCCAUCAGCCAGAGAUUUGCCGACGUCUUUCCGGAGAUGCGAGGCUACUACCAGGUCGUUGGGCAGGACACGAUCCCCGCGUCAAAGGUCGAUGUCGAAGAGUUUCUUGGACAGAGGGCUCAAAGGCGUCCUGAAACCGACUAA